GAGCCGAUGAUGCCAGACGUAGGGUGGCGUCAGUGGCGGCAAGGGAAGCGUGAGCAACGCCGAGGAUUGUACAGGGAGGAGGCGAAAGGCCGCAACUGAAACAAAAUGAGCAAAGCGCACCCACCCGAACUAAAAAAAUUUAUGGACAAGAAGCUAUCAUUGAAAUUAAAUGGUGGGAGGCACGUCCAAGGAAUAUUGCGGGGGUUUGAUCCAUUUAUGAAUCUUGUGAUUGAUGAAUGUGUAGAGAUGGCACCAGGUGGGCAACAGAACAAUAUUGGAAUGGUGGUAAUCCGAGGAAACAGUAUCAUUAUGUUAGAAGCCUUGGAACGAGUAUAAGGAAUGAAGCAUGGAUGAUGCUCUGGGUCUCCACUUACCCCUUUCAUUCCCAAGAGCCUCUUUUUUUUUCUUUUGAUACAUAAAAUUAGUCAUUGUAUAUUUUUUGUUUAACUUUUUGAAAAUAAACUUUUUGUAAGAUGUUUAGAUGUUUUCUUUCUCUUGGGUACUCCUGAAAGGAAACCAUGUAGUAAUGAUGCCUUUUUUAAAAUUCUUCAGUUUUGUUUGAUGCUACAAGUUAAAGAUAAUCAGAGAGUUCCUUUAAAUUUAAAAGUACUGUUAAACUGAAACUAUUUAGAAUAUUGGUUCUAUGGCCAUUUUGGCUUUUGUAUUCUAUUUACAUUAAUACAGGUAAAAUAAAGACACUGGACAGAG